AUGGCACAGAUCAACGCUAUGAAUGACAUUUAUCAACUCGCAGAAUUUACCAUUGUUGCAGCUGCGAAUGGUGUUGGUGCUGGGUUACCUGGACUUACUACGCGGCCCAACAUUUCCACCCAUAAGAACCACUGUUGGCAGUUCAUCAAACAUGUGCCCAAAGCAGUUGAGGGCACAAAAUCGGACGGGAGCUCUGCCAUGGACCACGCCGUUGUCGGCAUAGCCCCUCUCAGCGAGAACCAGGUUAUCAGCUCCAGCGAAUGGAACUCGAGAGCGUGGACAUUCCAGGAGAAGUUGCUCUCCCGGCGACACAUCUUCUUCAGCUCCGGGCACGUCUAUUUCAGUUGCUUCCACGAGGGUUCUGAGCUUCAUAGAUAUCCGGACAUCAAGCACUAUCGACCACAGGGCGAAUCAGAGACUCCCGGUGUCACUAUGGUAGGUCAAGACUGGGGUGGAAGAGGUUUCGAAAAGGGCCUACGAUCCGACCAGUACAGCGAUGACGGGGUUCUCGGUUUUUACCCGCUUCUCGUGGACCAGUACACCAAACGCACACUCGGCCGCCGAGAAGACGUGCUGAGCGCCUUUGCCGGCGUCGGAAAUGUUGUCGCUGCCCGGGCUAAAACGCAGAUGCUGCUAGGCCUUCCGGAGAGGGCUGAGACUUCCAUCUUGGACCUGGGCUACUCGGCAGGGCUCUGUCAUCUAUCAACGAUCCCUCGGAGGCAGAAUUGA